AUGACCCACUCACUCACAAACGCACCGCCGCUUGACAUUAUGAUAAUCCCGGGCCCGCCGCCGGUUGCUGUGAGCUGCCGUGCCAUCGAUGCCGCCGGCAUAUUUCUAACGGUAGCAUCGGGAGUGCUUAAUGGGCGCGUCGCGACGACUCCUCUGGCAGUGCUGCCGAUGCUACGAGCGGCUCAUCCGCAAGUGGAGUGGGCAAAGACGCAGAGGUUCGACAAGAGCGCGGGAACUGGGAACACAGGCGAUAUAUGGGCGAGCGGCAGCGUGGCAAACGGCGUGGAUUUGGCCUAUGUCUUCAUCCGGGAGCGGUUCCCAGAAAGCCGGACGCUUGUGGAUCUGAGGACUUGGCUGGCCGGCAUCGGUGAGAGGGAGCCCGAGUUCAGCACGGAGGAGAAGGCAUUGGAUGAGGCGUUCAGCGGAGCGAGCUCGGCAUUGCAGUGA